CAUUCUCUUCAUUCUGUUAUCAUCGUCUGCUGUUACUAGUGAAUUCAAAGCGACCAAAAUCGUUGUACCAUAUUGUAGCAAAGACUGAACUUCGAAAAUGGCUCGUACAAAGCAGACUGCCCGCAAGUCCACCGGUGGUAAGGCCCCCAGGAAGCAGCUGGCCACUAAGGCAGCUCGCAAGUCAGCGCCCUCCACCGGAGGUGUGAAGAAGCCCCACAGGUACAGGCCUGGUACUGUUGCCCUCAGGGAGAUCCGUCGCUACCAGAAGUCUACUGAGCUGCUCAUCCGCAAGCUGCCCUUCCAGCGCCUCGUGCGUGAAAUUGCACAGGACUUCAAGACUGACCUGCGCUUCCAGAGCGCUGCCAUUGGUGCUCUCCAGGAAGCAUCAGAGGCCUACUUGGUUGGUCUGUUCGAAGACACCAACUUGUGCGCCAUCCACGCCAAGCGCGUCACCAUCAUGCCUAAGGACAUCCAACUGGCACGACGCAUCCGUGGCGAGAGAGCUUAAGCUGCUCAGCGCCACGUCUUAGUUUUAAGUCAUCUACUGCCAGCUGAAAUGUAGCAUCGUACGGUACUUACGGACUUUCUUUUUUUAUCAUUGUGCGCCUCCAUGUUUGUGUUGGCUUAAUUUUACUGGAUGAGAAAGUACUUCAGUACGCUUUCUCACUUUAUUUAUUCAACUUCGCACCCUUCAGUUUCAUACCAUUCCAGAAUAGUACCUCGUCGACGUUAUUUCUCUUCAGAGCAUUGCAGAUCUCACGCGGAAUUCGUGUCAUUCAUCAUUUCAACUUGUCGCGUAGCGUAAGGUAGUAUUAUAACUAUACAUUAAGGCUCUCCCUUCCUUUGUAUUGGCUUCUAGUACAAAAUUAUCACCCUC